AUGCAUACAGUUCUUCUCUCAUAGCUUUAAACUUAAUGCUUACCUGCUUUCUCCUCAUAUGGGCCCUCUUCCUCUUCCUUUAUAUUUAAGGAUUGUGUUUGGACAUAGAAAAAGAUAAGGCAGAAAGGGCAUAUCUAUCUAUGGAUUUGAAUCAGUCAAUUGAGUUCAAUCUUUCUUCAUCCAUAUCUCCACAGCUGCACAACUUCAUGCCAAUGUCUUGUUUCUUGCUUCCUACUUACCAUCACUCUACAGAGGAGGGUUGUGAAGAGUCCAGGAACUCUCAUUUUAUGCAAGUGCUGAAGCAAAAUUUGGCCAUUUUUUGGAAUCAACAAUUGCUGGAGAUUCAUAAUAUUCCAGCGUUUAAGAGCCAUCAUCAACUUCCUCUAGCAAGGAUCAAAAGGAUCAUGAAAUAUGAUGGAGAAGUGAAGAUGAUCAGCGCAGAAACUCCUCUAUUGUUCUCAAAAGCAUGUGAGCUCUUCAUCUUGGAGCUCACUCUUCGCGCAUGGCUUCAAACUGAAGUAUGUAAGCGCCGAACGUUGCAGCGCUGUGACAUUGCUAGAGCUAUAAGGACCAGUCAUACUCUUGAUUUCUUGGCUGAGGUUGUUCCUUUUGACCAUCACAAGGAUGGUGAGACUGAAAACUGUAGUGAUGAACUUGAACCUCUUCCUGCAAUUCAAGUUCCAUUUCCUGUUAUAGACAUUAAUGAGGAUUUUGUGUUGACGAAUCAUGGAAUUGCUCAACAAUUCAUGAUGAGGACAUCAACGUCUCCUGUUGAAUUCAAUUAUGAAUUUGACUUUAAGCCAUUACAGAAGCAUAAUUUCUGAGAGCCUUGCUGAAAUCAAGGGUGGAAAGAGGGUAGCUGGUGGCAAACAAUCAUCAAAUCUUAUGAUUAAUGAUCCAUAAAACAAACAGACUAAUUCAUGUCUUUUACAUGAGAUUUUAAAUAUAUUUUCUUUUUUCUCAUAAAUGCCAUGAGAAUUUGAAGUAUAUUUUGUUUUAAUUUGAUAGAUCUUAGCUAAUUCCUUCAAACCAAAUCAAGCUAAUUUAGUUAUAUUUUUAUAUUAAAACUUAAUAAAUUAUAUAUGUAAUACUGUAUUUAUAAGGGAUGAAGAAAAGAGAAAAAAAUGUGAAAAAUGCAAAUAAUGAUUCUCCUUCUGCACUCACAUGAUUCAUGAAGCUAAUAGUAUUAACUCUGUCGCAAUUUUCUAAUUAUAAGUAAAUAUUACAACUUUAUUGUAAAUUUACAAAAAGAAAGAAGGAUGAUAUGCUGUCUAGCUGUGAAGCAAAUGAAAAUUGAUAGAAUCUGAGAAGGAAAAAUAUUCGCAAAAUCCAAAAAGUAAAAAGAAAUAUCAAACAUCUUUGCAUGAAAUUCUUAAAGUGGAAGAGCUUCUUACAAAGUGUUUGGCCAAUUAGUCAAAAAGCUUAUUUCUCACGCAGGCUCACCCAUCUUUUUCUUUUGCUUACCUCACAUUUCUUAAUUGCUUUGCUUUGCGCAUUCAGUCCCUCUUAUUUUCAAUUUUACUUCUACGCCCUUUGUCUUCUUUCAUUUGCAAUGUUCCCCUUCUUUCUCAUUUUACAAAUUCUAUAUUUUAUUUAUUCCUUAAAAAUAAUAAUCAUAAUAAUAAUCAAUGCGUACAACAUAACACUUGUGGUCCAGAAAGCAAAAACCCGCAAGUGUAGGAGCAUGUAGGCAAAUUAAAAAGAAAAAAAAAAUGGUAUACAGGUAAAAAGGCAUAUAAGUUAGGGUUAGGUAAAGAUUGAUUGAUAUAUAAAUAGGGCUAAAUUGAACUUGUGGAGUGCAUAAGCUUUCAGUGUUUUGAUAGAAAAAUAAGAAGAGAGUGAAGAAUAAUGAGAAGAGGGAGAGGGAGAUUGAGAGCUACUGGAAGUUGUAGGAAUGGGCGGUUUGGGAAAGAAUUUUAUAUACGAUAAGAGAAUUAAUUAUAUAUAUGUUAUUAUUCUCUUGAAUAAGUGUAUAAAUGUUUCUUCCCAAUGUCGCCCAUUCCGAUGAUUUCCAGAAGCUCCUCCCUUUCCCUUCUUUUCUCUGCUGCGGUGUCCCUAUUCGAUCAUCCAUCACUUUGUCAAGUAUUUAAUCAUCUUUUGUUUCCUUUUCUUUUAUUAAUUCUUCUUGGCUUCAGCCUCCAGGCAAUGUUUUCCUUUGAUUGAGUGCAUGACUAGAUGGAUGCUGCAAGCAACAGGAAACAAAUUCUUUACCAUAUAUAUAUAUGCCUUUGAUUCUAGGCACAGGAAUCUUGGUGUUUUAGUUUUAUGACAAUAAUUUUUCAGAAAUAUUUUUAAAAGAGUUCAUUUAAUUAUAAAUUUAUUUUAAUUUUUGUUAGGAGAUAUCAUCAUAUAUAGUUUAAUGUUAUAUUCAAUAUAUUGCUUUGAUUGAUUAGUACUAAAGAUUAAAUAAUUUCGGAUGAUAAGAGGGUUACAAUUUCUAUUAGCACCCUUUAUUCUUCAAUCCCAAUUAAGUAUAAUUCUAUUAAUUAUUUAUAGAAUUAAUAAUUGUGAAUGAUUACUUUUUGCUCAAUGAUUCUACUAAUGUUUUACUUGCUUAAGCAGUAAUCCUAGUGAAAAACUAUUUACAGAGUCUCUCAUUAGAGAGUGUAUUUUGCUGAGGGUCUUGCAAAGAAGGGGCAUGGAUGCCUGUAUUUUCUCUGAAUAUCUAUUAUGAUGUUGAGCUGGUUCUUAUUUAAUUAGUUAUGAUCUUAUUGUAAGUUGGGUCCUUUUAUUUCUUUGGAUUUCCUCUUUGUACUUUCUAUAUGAGAUAAUCAAUUUUCAUAGUGAAAUUUAUUUUGUUGA